AUGUGGAAGGAAAGAAAGAAAACGUACCUUCAGAGUAAGAUCAAAGAGACAGAAGAAGCCACUGGCUCAGGCUCCUAUGUGACUCUGACAUCCACCUCUGCUAAACCUUCCGGGAAAGCCGCCAGCCUCCAGAGUGAUCUUAUAUUUGAGGAAAUCGGUCGCCGCAUCAAGGAAAUGGGAAGCCAGCUGGUCAAGAAAGUGAAUGCCAUAUUUCAGUGGGACAUCACUAGAGAUGGACAGAUGGUGGUGCAGUGGACUCUUGACUUAAAGACUGGCUCUGGAGAGAUCUAUCAAGGAGCUUCACGUUGUCCUGCUGACACGGUCUUCACCCUUUCCGAUCAUGACUUCAUGCAGUUGGUCCUGGGCAAGAUUAAGCCCCAUAGGGCAUUCUUUGUUGGCAGGCUGAAGACCUUCGUGCUGAUCCUGUCUUCUGCGGGGGAAGGACUUUUGCGGGUUCAAAGAGAAACACAGAAGCUGCCCUGUAACACUAGGCUGGAAAUUGAGGAGAAAUUCCUGGUCUAA